AUGUCGUUCUUCAAGAAGCUCGUUGACAAGGUCGAAGACCUGUUUGAGGACGACAAGGACAAGGACAAGAAGAACGAGAAGCCCGCUGACAACCACGGAUCGGCUCCUCCUCCUCCUGACCAGACCGGGAAUCGCAACUUUGGCGGCGACCAGCACCAGCAGCCUCCCUAUCAACAGUACCCGCCCCAGGGUCAGUACCCGCCGCAACAACACCAAUACCCGCCUCAACAGCACUACCCGCCGCCCCAGGGCCCUCCCGCGCCAUAUGGAGCUCCACCCCCGAUGCCUCCUGGCUGGCACGCCCAAUGGGACCAGAACCAGAACCGCUGGUACUACGUCGAGCAGGCCACUGGACGCUCCCAGUGGGAUCCUCCCGCCGUGAUCGGCAGCCAUCCUCCGCAGGGUCCCUAUGCCCCCCUCCUGGUGCUCCCCCUGGACAGCCUCCAUACGCGCUCAACCGCGAGCCCCAUGCCUCCGCCUCCCCAGCACGGCGAGUUCGGCCAUGGCAGCCACAGCGGCUACGGCGGAGACAGCGGCCACGGCGAGCACAAGAAGGAGAGCUCUGGCACCGGCAAGCUCGUCGCUGCUGGUGUUGGUGGUGCCGCGGUCGGUGCCAUCGGUGGCGCCAUUAUUGCGCACGAGUUGACCGAAGACGACAACAAAGCAGCCCAGCCCGUCUACGUAGCCUCGGGCGACAGCACCAGCUACCAGCCCGCCGGCACCUACGCGCCGCCCCCGACCCACCCGGCGUACGCCGAGGAGCUGCCCGAGGAGACCAGGUCUGGCUCGUCCGUGUCAAGUAGCGACCGCGAGAGUCUCGAGGAGCGCCGCAAGGAGCUCGAGGAGGCACAGCGCGAGUAUGAGGAGGCGUACGAGGAGACAUACGACGAUUAAGAGAUUGAGCCAAGAUGGGGGCAAGUUAUGGUUCUUCAUUUACUACUUAGAGAGAGAGAGAGAGAGUUACUAUGGUACAGCCUCGGUGCAGCCUUUUCGUUGCCAUGCAACGAA